CCAAAUUCUUUUUUUGUCUAAGGUCUACCUGAUUAUCUACUUUAUACUCAUAAACAAAGGAAAAGGAUAACUCCUCAUCAUUUACUUUAUUCUGAGUAGAUGGGCGAUCAUUUACGUUUAAAGGAUGAAGAUGGCUCGUGGAGUAGACUACCACUACUACUAUUCCUACAACUACUACAUUUUCGUGGAACAGCUCGGUGUGGAGUAGACUACUAACGACGACUACUCCUUCUACAUCGUCGUGGAAGAACUCGUCCUCCAUCCACACGGUCCUCCAUCCACACGUCACGAUGACCUCACCUACUAUGGUCCAGCAGCUAGGUGCGCCACCGCCACCCGACUUGCUAGGAACCAGUCCCAAAAGUCCAUCAAGGGAUAUUGUUCCUGAGAUUAAGGCUCGAACUUCAUUGGUGAUCACUUAUAAAUUUUUAGGGUCACUGACACCGAAGAGGAGACCUCCUGAGGGAAAAAGGGAAAGCAGGGGAAGAGGUGGGUGCAGUGCAGGACGUCUUGCCCCUUCAGCAUCAGUGACCACUGACUGCUGACCUUUAAUCAGAGUCCCGGUGGAGGUUCGAGGCCUGCGGGUGAACGUGAAAACAAGGAUUUACCUGGAGUUGGGGCAACAAAUUAUGAGCGGGUCGUAGAUGAUAGUAAUUUAGAGCGUGUACAAGUCGCAUCACUUCGUAGAUGAUAAUAAAAUGUAGAUGUAGUAAUGUAGAUCCCCCUAAAGAUAGGACAACUUGAGGCAUUCUUCUCCAUAAUUGUAGCCUCUAUGCUCCCAGCACGCACCGCACUAGUAUUUUUUCACUGAAAAACUUGAACUUCAUUCAAUUCUAUGAUAUAGAUUUUCCCCUUCCAUGGUUUUUUUCACUCAAAAUAUACUUGAACUAGUUCAUUCUAUGAUAUCGAUUUUCUCCUUCCAUGGUUUUAUUUCCUUUCUCUCACUUCCCCUUCUAUGUAUUUUUCCCCUUCCAUGGUAUUUUUCCCCUUCUAUGUAUUUUCCCCUUCUAUGUAUUUUUCCCCUUCUAUGUAUUUUCCCCUUCUAUGUAUUUCCCCCUUCUAUGUAUUUUUCCCCUUCUAUGUAUUUUUCGCCUUCUAUGUAUUUUCCCCUUCUAUGUAUUUUCCCCUUCUAUGUAUUUUUCCCCUUCCUCCAUGGUAUUUUUCCCUCUCACUUACAACUCUUCUUCUCUCGACGCAACCAUUAUAAUUACAUUCCCCAGUACUUGUCCGCGUCCUUUCUUUUCUAAUUCCCUAAGAAAACGGUUCCUCCGGAACUCCAACGUGCUGUGGCGAUAGAAGUAUGGCGCGAGGAACCCAAUUUGGGGAAGAUACGACGUUUACUAGCCCAAUAUCCCGGAGAAGUGUCGCUAUUCUUCCACGAUGCGGAAACAGGAAACACGUCUCUGCAUCGCUUUGCAUAUUUGGGCUGCAUCGAUCUAUUUUAAGGAUCUAUUUUAAGGAUCUAUUUUAAGGAUCUAUUUUAAGGAUCUAUUUUAAGGAUCUAUUCUAAGGAUCUAUUCAGGGAUCUAUUGCAAUGUAGCUCUCACUGCUUCAAAGCUUAUUUUGAGGCUGAACGGGUGGUGGUGAUGGUGUAUAAACGGUCAAUUGGAAGUCUAUUGAAUGGCUCAAUUGCAUCGAUCUGUUUUAAGGCAAUCUGCCGAAUAGAGUCGCAUCAUCAAGGCUCAAGUGGUGUGGGUGAUGUUGUGCUUUGAGGCUCUUAGGCUGAACUUACUGAUGUAGAUGAAAAAAUGACUGGUCGUGUAUGUUUUAGAUGUAGUUGUUGUGCAUCCACCAUUCCGGCCGCAUACAUAGAUGCGAAACGCUAUGCAAGAGGCACCAUGUUGACUUGACAAGGAUUUUUAGAAAUCGCUAUUUAUCGCAUGACUAGAAAGAGCCUUAUCGCCAAUCCACGAAUCUAGCUGUACGAGAGGGAGGUAGGAGACCCUACUUAUGGACCCUUAUAAUAAAAAGAGCAAAAGUUGUCUGCGAGGAACUACAAGAAACCCAGCAUCGUAUGUCUAAUCUCUGAAAGUGGUACUGCAGGAGACUGGGUGUACAGUGGACGCCAGAAACGCGCUUCAGAGGACAGCGUUACACCUAGCGUGUGAACGGGGCCAACGCUUAGUCUGCGAGGAAUUGAUAUUAUGACUGGGUUUUGGUUUUUUUAUACGAGGGGUUGGAGUUGGUCUUGGAUUAUUGUGAGUGAGUUUGAGUUUCUUUAUACAAGGGCUUGAUCUUGUUGGUAGUAGUUUAUCUAACUUGCAUCUCCUCCUGGCAGUAGUUUAGCUAAUUUGCAUCUCUUGCUCUUCCUGGUAGUAGUUUACCUUUAAUUUGCGUCUCCUCCUGGCAGUAGUUUAGCUAAUUUGUACGUUGAGCACCGCUUCAGAGCUUUUUUCUCACUUAUUAUCCUCAAAAGACUUCUUUCAUCUCUGUAGUCCCACAAUAUUUCUUGAAUUUCUAAGGUCUACAUGCUUCUUGCCUCUCUGUGGAGGUAGUGCCUUGCAUUUAGGAAGACCUUUCCAUAAUUGUACAGCUCGGACCCUUGAUCCUUGCGUGACCUUCUAACAGGAGCCCAAAAAGCGGAUGUGAACGCAACAAGUGGAGGUGGAACCACACCCCUGCACUACGCUUGUCGCAGUCAAUUAAGGGUUUCCACAUUGCAUCCUGCACUAACAUCCGUGACUCCUCUCCCACUAAGAAAAUAGUCAGGGAAAUUGUUUGGAAGCAAUAAUGUUGGAACCUCUAAGUGAAGCACUUUCAGUGGUUGAACUACUCCUCCAACAGCAGGGGAUUGCGAUCGACGUCGAGGAUAACACAAGGCGAACGCCCUUGCAGAGCGUGCCCGAAGGCUGUGAUCUCAUUUUAAGGCUUCAGAUCUACAACCAUAAGUACCUUUGAGGGUGUUAUUAGCUGGGUCUUAUUUUACCACUCCUAACCUUCUGCCCUUGACAUAGCCCAACCUUUCAGGCAUCCAACUCUAAGACCAAGGGACCGCCUACAGGCCUUUUUAGAAGGGACUAUGCAAGACGACGAGUUUGAUGCGUGAGGCUGCAAGUAUGAUAGGGCUAAAGACUGGAGACGAAUACCAGUGUCGUGUCUGGUCGCAUGGAGAAGAGGGGAGAUCAGCGGAGGUGUAUAGAAGAGCACAUAUUACUUUGCAGCUAGAACUAGAAGUAUUUCAUUGAAAUUGACAGUCAUGAUGCGAGUGUGUGUAGAGAAGAUCGAUGCUCCUUCAGCAUGCAAAGCUCUUUCCGGUGUACUUAUACUGCUUUCGCUCUACGAUUUAUUUGUACUCUUACUUACUCUGCUCAUGAUGAAGAUGCUUACACUUCGAAAUUUAGCUGCGACGCAUUACAGUGAAGCUACUUAUUACGAUUACAGUGAAGCUACUAGUAGUAGUAGAUGAAGUUGUGACGACAUCAACGGACAGAUGAACCCAGUAGUACACGAAGUCCAAGUUCUGAGACUUCAGUGAUGACUGUGGCUUUUUUCGAUCGAUUUUUUCGAAUGAUGGAUCGAUAUUUCUCUCCUAAAGUUUUCAGAUGGUGCAUACCGCAUGAUCCUGCC